GCGUCGUUAUCGUCCCGGAACAAUAACAAUAACAGUGUUAUUGUUGUUGCGCGAGUAUUGCGCGUAUUUACCACCACCACCGCAGCCGAACGAAUAACAGUCAUCGCGUUAUUACGUAUUAUCGAGGGUCAUCGCUCUGAUGCGCUUCGUCACGGAUUCCGACGACCGAAACGUCCGUCCGUCGCUAUUAUUGUCCACCCACCGACGACGACCGCGGGGGCCUCGCCGUACGGGCUGAUAACGUCGGUGGCGGCGAACCUUAUCAACGAAACGCCAGCGAGCCACAGAACAAUAGUCGCCGUACAUUUCCAUAAUAAUAUCAUAACUAGCGGUUCGUAGCAACAAAUUAUCAUCGUUAUUACUACUUUAUCAUCGUCGUCAUCAUCAUCAUCGUCGUCGUCGUUAUUAUUUUAAUUGGAAUACACCGUGCGAUACAGUGGAAUUAAUUAAUAAUUAUCGUUCGUCGGGGAUUACACAACGCGCGCGCACACGUACGUCACACUCGCGGCGACGACGACGACCAAUUGGAUCGACUUUCGUGGUUCGUUUGCGUAAACUUAUCGUACACCUUUUCGUCUCUUGUUGUUUUUAUUUUUUUUCACCGUAAUUCCCGCGUCGUUUGCAUACCGUUCUUUUUUUGUUGGUAUAUCCGAUAUCGUAGGUUUGGCAGAGUAGCACGUCCGCGCGGCGAAAUCGUUUGCUCACCGUGUGUGAGCUGCCCCUUUUGUGUUUGGCGCGCGCGUGUGUUUUUACGCCGCAGAACUGACCGGCAAAGGAUUCGUCACAACGGUCCGUGUAAUUUGUGGCCUGCCGAAAACAAGUAGUCGAGGACAUAACAUACCAAGUGCUACUAAGCAACACCACUCCCAUUCGUGUCGACAGCAAACAUCAUGACUGAAUCCAUGCUGUCUUAAGCUGGUGAGCAAGUGCAGUAACCUAAAGCUUUGUAUUUAACACGCAGCAUCAGUAGCGUCUACUCACAUCCUCUACACUACAGUCACUACUCCUAAAAUGAAGGUUUUAGUAUUGUAUGAUUUUGUGGGUGAACCCGGCUCAUCAGAAUUAUCAGUAACUGCUGGUGAGACACUGGUGGUAACCCGACAAGAUGUUGGUGAGGGCUGGUGGGAAGGAACAAACACAUCUGGCCGCACAGGCUUGUUUCCAGCUGCAUAUGUUGAGGAAAUCAAAACUAAGGUGGAUGACAGAAAAGAUGAAAGCAAACCACCGCCAGCUUUACCACCUCCACCGUUACCGCCAUCAACAGAUCCAUGGGAAGUUGAUGAUCAAAAUGAAUUUUAUUCACAAGUUCCUGGCAGUCAAAAUCAGCAACAGGCAUAUCCACAUCAGCAGUCACCUGAUGAUUAUUAUGAUGAUGAAUGGGACGACGAUUCUGAAUAUGGUGGUGGAAGCACUGUGACUUCAUCUGCUCCUAUACCACCAACUAUUCAGUAUCCACCUAUAGGAACAAAAACGACAUCAAUAAGGAAAACAGCAGGCAAGACAGCUGCAACAACUGGUGGCAGCAGUUCUCGGUUUUCCAAGUUGGUAGGUGGUGGUGAUGCAUCAUAUAUAAUGGGUGCCAUUCAGCCACCCAUCCACUUACCCGAUACAGAAAACAUUACAAUUGUUGUGCGUGGUGGUACUGGUGGUGGCCCCAUGGCAGUGGAUGUUGAAUGGUGCCGAGACCCAGAUAAUGAACCACACGGAUACCAGUGUGUGGUGGCAUCUCCAAAGAAGGAAACAAAACUCAAAGGCUUGAAAUCGUUUAUUGCAUACCAAAUAACUCCUACGUUUAACAAUAUUCAAGUAUCCAGGAGGUACAAGCACUUUGAUUGGUUACAUGAACGGUUAUUAGAAAAGUACUGCUGUCUAGUUCCAAUUCCGCCAUUACCAGAUAAACAAAUUUCAGGUCGAUACGAAGAACAAUUCAUUGAACGUCGUAAACAGCAAUUACAGGCAUUUGUAGAUGCAGUAUGCCGACAUCCUGUAUUAUCACGGGGUUGGGUAUGGCGGCAACACUUUAUCACAUGUACGGAUGAGAAACGUUGGAAGUCAGGCAAGCGGAAGGCUGAGUCACGGAAUACGAGUGCCGAGACCCUCACUGGGGCUAAUGUAUUUUUUGUGAUUAGAGUAAUGCCUGCAGAUGGUAGUAAUGACCCCCCUCCAUCUAUCAACCCAGCAAUAUUAGAUCGUGAAGUAGAAGGAUUUCAGAGAUUUGUGACUGGAUUAGAAGGAGCACUGAAGAAUAUGGCACAAACGGUUGCAGAACAAUCAAAACGUAUGCAAACAUGUUAUAAACGUGAUGCUCAACGAUUAGGCCAGUCAUUUUACAUGUUGGGUCACGCGUAUAGUGGAGCAUCAUCUUCAUCAAUAGGAGAUACUAGUGGUAAUGGCAAUGUGAUAAGUCUAACUACCCGACAACUGAUGACGGCUCUGAAAAAAACUGGUGAUGUAUACAAUGAGAUGGGUGGCCGGCUGAUGGAUGAGUUACCUGCCGCAGGAUGGGACUCAUUUGCUGACAUGCUACACGUGUACCGUGGUGUUGCAGGGGCGUUUCCUGAUAUAUUAGCUGUACACAAGAGUGCUGUGCAGAAACGGAAAGAAUGUGAAAGACAAUACUCUGAAGGUAUACCAAUUGGUGGUAGCGGUGGUGAUGGAGCUGGAGGAUCCAGUAGUGGAGCAGGUUCUGGUAGUGGUGGAACCACAGCAGUGACUGACCCAGAACAACAGAGACGACUACUGCGUGAGAUGCAACGUCGUACUGAUAUAGUGUCAUAUGCCCUGUUAGCAGAGAUAAAUCAAUUUCAUCGAGACCAUGUACUCGGCCAAAUGGCUGGCCAUGUUCGUCAACUAUUGCGCAACCAGAUCGAAUAUUACAGAAAAAUUGCUGACAAUUUAGAAAAUGUUUUACACAUGUACCCCGAUAAUGGCGAUGAAGACUCUUUAGGAGUUGGAAUGGACCAUCAUUAUGACCAACAACAAUACAACCAAGGAAUAAUUGAUGAUAACUCAUCUUAUCAACACCAGUAUUAUUCAAAUCAGUAGUAGUUAUAGUAACUUAAUGGAAUUGGUAAUAUAAAGCAUGGUAAAUAACUAGAAUGCAAUUGUUUUUAAAACUGCUAAUACUCACGUAUAACAUAUACCUAUAAUAUAUUAGGUAUCACGAUUAAUUUUUUAACUAUUUGUAACCGUAGCCCACUAAUAUCACUGAAAUAAACUGUUCUUAUUCUUAUUAAAAUAAUAUUUUUGGGGGAAUCCACAUUAUAACUCCUGCUACUACUUUUACCAUUAUUAUCCCUAAAUUAAGCAUUUUAGUUUUAAUUAUACUUGAUUAUUUUUUAUUUUUUAUUUUUUUGUUCUAUAUUAUUGUGUUCAAAUUAUUACCAUGUAUUAGUUAUAUUACUAUGCUUUUGCCCAUUAUUAUUAUUGAUAUUACUAUUGGUUGGAUUUAUAUUCUUUUCAAUGUAUAAAAUAUUGUUUUUAAGUUUUUGUAAAAGUCACCAGUUUGACAUAUACAAAUAUCAUAUAAAUGAUUCAACUACCAAAGCAUACUGCAUAUGUUGAUAAUUGUUGAUACUUGUUAAAAUUAUAGAAAUAUUAAAUAGUGAUAUUCUAUUCUCAAAUUAAGAAGACAACUUGACAGCAACUUUGCCAGGGGCAUGGCUUUACUACACAGCAGACAUACAGAUAGUUAACUCUAGUGGCAUUUUUUUUCUGAUUUUUCGUGGUUCAAAUAUUUAAAUUAAAACUUGGUUUUUGUCAAUUAUGAAGAAAAAGGUGAAUUUACAAUUACUUUUUACGUUCAAUAUUUUAUAUAUGCUAAUACUUUUUUCAGCAUAUUAUAUCAUAUUUAAUAUCAACAUUAUUAUAAAUGUAAUGUACUCGUAUACUAUUUAUAAUCAAAGAUAUUAUUUAAUUAAGUAUGCUUAUAACUAUUUUUAAUACUUAAAAAUUGUAAACGACAAUUAUGGAGGUGGGUGGUUCCUAAAAUUGUUUUUGUCUCAUGAAUGAAAAAUGUUCACGCCAGACCACUGCCCUACGAGAACUAGUUGCCUUGGGGUUAACUUUUUGAUUGUAAUGAAGUAUAAUUAAUUAUUUGAUUUAACACCUAAUAUUUUUUUUAAAUCUGAAAGAUCAUAGCUGAUUUAGAAUUAUCCUAAUAGUUUUAAUAGUUUUUAAUAUAUUAGUAAAAUAAUAUAUUUAUUUUAAAUCCUUUGUAAAACUCAGUUGUCAGAUGAAUUUUAAAAAAGAAAUUAAUUCUGAAGAUCUGAAAUUUUUACAAUAUUUUUUUUAUUAUAUUUGAAUAAUUAAGAUUUGUUAAAAUAUCCAAAUUUUCCUUAUAUGUACUGACCAAAAGAAUAUGUAAUUACUUGUACUAACAUUUUAAUGUAAAUAAUAUAUUUCCAUUGAUAACAGAUAACAUCUAAGAAGUGAUAAUUUUGACUUGAAACUUAUUAUUGUUGGGACCAUUUUUUAUUAUUAUUAUUAUUAUUAUUAUUAUAAGCUACCAUUGUAUGAAUUUUUCCAAUUUAAAUCAUAACAUUUGUUUUACUUAUUUAUUUAUAAUAUAAUUCUAGGAAUAUAGAUAUAUUUAUUAUAUAAUCUAUACUAUGUAGGUACAUAUAUUUAUUUUACAUGUGCCAUCAUAAUGGGUGUUAAUUAUUACGUUUAUAUGUAUGUAAGUGUGUACGAAACUGUGUAACUUAAAAGGGUAUUUGAAAUAUAUGUUAACUGAAUUUAUGUAUAAUAUACUCAUAUUAAAUAAUUUACUUAAAAUAAAUAUGUAUCCUGUGGCUA